AUGUCGGACAACACCUCUUCAUCGAUCUUGGUCAACCUGCCUUUAGACAUCCUCGUCCUCAUAUUCCCGUACCUGGAUGCCAAAAGCUUCAUCGCCCUGUGCAGCACCUGCAAGGCCUUUCAGCAGCCCUCGAUACGCCUGGACCCCACCUACUGGAGGGCCAUCACCCGCGACACCUUUCGAGUGCCCAACCGACCCAUCGUCCAGCACGAUGGCUUGCGCUGGCAGCGAAUGUAUCGCCGCCUCCUCCGAGACACGCGCGCAUUCACAUGGGGCGAAAAUGGUAGCGGCAGGCUGGGUCGCAAUUCCCACCAGGAGCCAGAUCCAAUGGAGAUGGAUGACGUGCAGGGUUUCGGAAUAAUUUCCGACAUGCAAUGCGGCGGCUGGUCCACCACCCUUUUGACAUCCACCGGCGAGCUGUACACUACAGGAGUUCUCGAUGGCGAGAGUUAUGGACUAACCCGAAACAAGGCAAAGAGACUCGAGUUUCCAGGUUCUCUAGGCAAGAAAUUUGGCGACCCAAGCCUCACCGUCCGUCAGUUUUCAUCGGGAAGAAAGCACAUCCUUGGUCUCUCAGACACCGGCCGCAUCUGGGCUUGGCACGAUGCCACCAAGCCUGCCAGGCACAUCUUGUUGUCUGGCGUUGAUGCUGCAGAGCUUAACACGCCCCAAACCUCUGGUAGAGAGCGUGGGCGUGUUGAGCGAGUAGUGGCAGGCUGGACUCGAAGCUCUGCAUAUAUUCAGGGUUAUGGCAUCAUCGUCUGGAGAGAUGUGUUUGACAUGAUGAAUACACAGGCUGGAGAGGGUGGUGAUAUUACCAUUGACGAUAACGUUAUCAUUCCAAGGACUAAUUAUCAGCAUGGAACCGAUUCCGCUGAUCAGUCGGAAGCGGACCGUGCGCUUGGUCAAGAAGUUGGAGUUGUUUGUAAUCACAUCGUGCUGGCCCACUUCCUAGUUUUUGUCACUGACCUGGGAAAGGUCUUUUGUGCCAAGCUUGACCAUGAUCAGAACGAGGGCAUCCUGGAACUCCGCGCUUUGCGCAGCAAAGACUCGGUCCUGGACAUCCAUGGCUCUCAUCUACGGUUUGGAGUUCUCAAGCGCGACGGCGUCAUCAUCGUUCACCAGGACUACCUCCAUGCCUGCUGGAACGCCCGCCCGAGGAAUCGCGAACAGACGGGAAUCCCGGGUCUGCUGGCAAUUCCGGCCCUCCAGAAAGGCGACGUGAUAUCCAUGGCCUUUGGGGACUACCACUUCCUGGCGCUGCAUGCAAACGGGCGCAUUACGUCUUACGGUACCGAGUGCCGCGGCUGUGGUGCCCUGGGCUUGGGAGAUGCCACAGGAGCCGGUUUCUUUCGCGGUCUAGUCUCGCGCCUGGGUGAUUACAAACUUCUGCCGCACGCCUACACCAAUGGCCGACGUGUCGUUUUUAGACAAGCCAUGAUGGAGUGGUUAUCAAGCCUGCAGUUAGGCGGACCGGACCGCGAAGAAGCGGCCAAUCGGGCCAGGAGCCUCCGUUCGAAUGACAUGACCGCUCACGGAGAGGUCAGCGAGUGGAUAGAACAGCAGCUGCAAGUGUGGGAGGAGCUACCUGGACAGAUGGGCGACGAUGGGCUCGGGAGGUACUUUGCGCUAGGGGUCUGCGCUGCGGGGUGGCAUUCGGGGGCACUGCUUCUUGUGAACGAGAAGUUGCGCGACGAUCUGCCUGAAAUGUUCAGGGACAUGAGGUAUCCUCGACUACGACUCAGCGAUGGCAGGGAGAUGGAGGGAACAAAGGACUUUGACAAUUGGCCCUAUGGUCGCCCGGAGUGGGAUCUGAGAAUCCCUAUGUAA